UCUCUCUCCAGAAAAACCAUGACAAGGAGGAAGAAAGUAGAAAAAAAUAAUAAAAGGGGGAGAUUUCAGCACCAUGAAUGCUAACUUGCUUCCAAACCACCCUUUAAGCUCUCUCUCUCUCUCUCUCUCGAACAGAAAAAGAUGGAAAAAAGGACUUUUUAGAAAGCAUUUCUGUUCUCCAUGAAUGCCAGCAUUGUUUUCAGGCCGCCUUCUGUCAUUCCUCUUACCCAAUCUCUUAAAAUUCCCAUCCCAAUCUCUCUCUCUCUCUCUCUCUCUCUCUCUCUCUAUCAAACUACUAGAAAAAUUCCUAUAUUUCCAUGACCUUUAAAACUUCCUUGUUUAUUCUCUUUAAAACAGGAGCGUCCAUCACUCCAAAAUCCACAGAAUCACCUUCCAAAUCCCCAUUCCAAACAUACCCAUUCUCUACUUCCUUAACAAGCAAUAAUCCAUCUCUUUAAAACCUUCAAACUCUCUUCCCAAGACCCAUUCCAUACUUUUCCUCCCUCAGAGUCUCUUUCCAACCAAAACCCAUUCGCAGAAAUACCCAUUUCUCCUUCCCUAAUGACUAAAAGCCCAUCAGCACCUCAAUCCCCACAAAAGAACCCACCUUUCUUCUCUUCUGCAAUGGAGCUUUUGAAGAAGCUCAAGCGCCUGAAAUUGAUGGAGCCACUGGGGAUAUUGGGAUUCUUCUCCCUGACUGUGUUCUGCUUCCUCUGCUGUUUCUUUUACUUGGAUUAUAAGGUAGUUCGCAAAGGCUUCCGGAUUCGGGCACAGCCGCAGCAGUUGCUCCGGUUCGGGUUUGCAGAAUCAGGGGAGAAGCGACGGUCAGGAUUCAUCGGAGGGGACUCGGAUGGCUGUGAUUUGUUUGAUGGGAAGUGGGUUUGGGAUGAACGGUAUCCGUUGUAUCAGUCGAAGGAUUGCAGGUUUUUGGACGACGGGUUUCGGUGCUCGGAGAACGGAAGGCCUGAUGAUUUCUACACGAAAUGGCGGUGGCAACCGAACCGUUGCAAUUUGCCGAGUUUCAAUGCAAAGGCGAUGCUGGAAAGGCUGCGGAACCGUCGGUUGGUAUUCGUGGGCGAUUCGAUUGGAAGAAAUCAGUGGGAGUCUCUCCUAUGCAUGCUCUCUUUGGGGGUUGCUGAUAAAGAUUCGAUCUACGAAGUGAACGGCAGUCCAAUUUCGAAGCAUAAAGGGUCCUUGCAGUUCAAAUUCAGGGAUUUCAACUGCACCAUUGAGUACUACAGAGCUCCAUUUCUGGUGCUGCAGAGCCGGGCCCCAGCUGGGUCCUCACCAAAGGUGAAGAUGACGCUGAAGUUGGAUGUAAUGGAUUGGAGCUCUGCUCAAUGGAGGGACGCCGACGUGCUGGUUUUGAACACUGGCCACUGGUGGAACUAUGAGAAGACAAUAAGAGGUGGCUGUUAUUUCCAGAUAGGCAAUGAUGUGAAGAUGGAGAUGAGUGUUGAAAGUGCUUAUAAGAGAUCGAUUGAGACAUUGGUUGAUUGGAUUGGCAGAGAUGUGAAUAUUAACAAGACCCAGGUUGUUUUUCGCACAUACGCUCCAGUUCAUUUCAGAGGUGGGGAUUGGAAGACUGGAGGAAACUGUCAUUUAGAGAAGCUGCCAGAGCUAAGCUCAUCGCAGCUGCUGUCCCGAUCGUGGGCCCCGCAUUUGAACAUGGUCAGUGAUGUAGUUUCAAUGAAAGGUCCAGUGCAAGGAUUGGAUAUGUUGAAUGUGACCCAGAUGACUGCAUUGAGGAAAGAUGGCCACUCCUCAUUGUACUACAGGGGGCCAACUGCAGGCCCAGCUCCUCUCCAUAGGCAAGACUGUAGCCACUGGUGCUUGCCCGGGGUCCCGGACGCAUGGAACGAGCUCCUCUAUGCCCUUUUCCUCAAACGGGACUUAUCUCAUCGUCAAAAUUCAACGUCGUCGCCUUUGCUAGCACAAGGUUAGUAAGAUAAUUUGAGAAAGUGAAGAAUUCUUCUUGUCCUUUGAUUACCUUACGGUGGGUUGCGGAAUGGAAAAUGACGACUGUUCCCUUGAAAUUAACUGGUGUUAGUUUUUUGAGCAUGGGAAGAUGGGGUUGAGGAUUGAUGGUAGAUUAGUCAUUUGUAAAAAAAAACAAAAAAGAAAAAAGGUGAAGAAAAAAAAGGGAAAGAAAAUGAGGAUUUUCUUAGGUUUUUGAGAUGAAAUCUGAAAGGAAGCCAAUUUCAUGGAGAGAUGGGGGUAUAGAUUGGAUGGUGCCAUUGCAUUCAUAUGGCAGUAUUUUUUUUUUCUUGUUAAAAAAAAUAUGAAUAUUGUGAUAAAUAUAAUUAUAUAAUUUUAUUUUUCCUUGUGA